AUGUCAGAAGCGUUGGUGCAUUUGGAGCAAGUCACUCGGCUCUCCUCGAGGGUCGUGCGCAUUCUCGGUUCCAAUCCAGGCAAAUUCACACUGCAAGGUGAGCAGCCUGGGGUUUGCAAUAACGAGCUCUUCAAGGUCUGAAAAGCUCGCGCAUGAGGAGGCUGAUCGUGAGAUCUGCUGUUCGCUCCAUGUCUACCCAAAGGCACGAACACCUACCUCGUUCAUGCGCCUGUGCCAUCAGCUGUCGAUCAUGCCGAUAGACGAAGCGUGGAUGCGCUGCCUUGCGUCCUCAUCGAUGCAGCGGAGGGAAAGAGCGCAUACAUCGACACGCUGAAAGGUGUCUUGCUUGGUCGAGAUGAACACGAUUGGAGCGGCAAUCAUCAAACGAGCUCGGUUGCGAGCUCGAGUUCUGAUCCCUAUCCUCGCUUCACCAUCACAGACAUGUGAGUUCCUCGACCGGUGGUGUUGCCGGCUCGACUCAAGGCCAUCUUGUCCCUUUUAGCUCAGCGCAUCCUUUGCCGCCCUCUGUCUAGAAUUCUCACUCAUCGGCACGUAGACCACGUGGGCGGUCUGCCGAGUGUGCUCGAGCUGCUUGCCGAUAUUCGACGAGAGCAUAAGAGCAAGCCUCCUCGGAUACACAAGCUGCGAGACAAAGUCAAAGCCGCAGCUGGCGAGGCGGACGAGGUGGCUCAGCUGCUCGAAAACUGCAGCUCGACGCUCUUCGCAAAGUCGAAGGCUGGAGAAGACGUGCACUGGAUCGAAGAUGGUGACUCUUUCCAACUUGCCAACGAUGGAAUCAGCUUCUCCUCCACUGCGUCCGACACCACCGAACAGCCGCAAUCGAAGCGCAACGCUGGCGUUCCGGCGCUUCCGCAGCAUCUCGCGCUUGAUGCAACUUCUGGCGAUACGACGACGUUGCAAAUCUUGCACACUCCCGGUCAUACGGGUGAUCACAUUUGCUUGUUUUUGGCUCAAGAAGCUUCGCUUUACACUGGUGACAACGUUUUGGGACAAGGCACGAGCGUAUUUGAAGACUUGCGCGUCUACUUGCAAAGCUUGAAGCGCAUGUCGGACGUUCUCGAAAGAAGCCCGGCCCCUCGCGAGGUGUACGGAAAGAGUUUUGAGCGUCUCAAAGAGGCUUCAAAUCAGGCGCAAGCGAGCGCGCCGGAGAACAGGCUCUACCCUUCCCAUGGUCCUAUCCUCCUUCAGGGGAAAGCCAGCAUCAGGCAAUACAUCUCUCACAGGCUAGAACGCGAAUCCCAAGUGCUCGAGUUGCUUUUGCGUCCGAAAUCUGCCCCCGAGUCCAUAGACGAUGCGUGGACAGCACGAACAAUCGUGCAAGAGCUAUACAAGGACUAUCCCGAGAGUCUACACAUCCCAGCGGCUCGGGGGAUCUUUUUACAUCUCGUCAAACUAUUGCAGGAUACUCGAACAGAGCCAAUUGCCGCCCCGACAGGCUCGAUCUCCGAGAAAAGAUCCGUAG